AUGAAGCUGCUAGUUGUUUUCAGAGUGUUUAUUGUGGUACUGUUGGCAGCAGUGCAAGGAAUCACUUCGUCACCUCCAAAGUACGCCUAUAAACGAGCUAUCUAUGGAGGAAUCGGAGGAAUCGGUUACGGAGGUCUGGGAUACGGGGGAUAUGGGGGAUAUGGAUAUGGAGGAUUGGGAAUUCCCGCCAUUUCUUCUGGAUUAGGAGCGGCCAUUGGAGGUCCUCUGAUUGCUCCUGCCAUUGCCGCACCCGCCAUUGCUGCACCAGCCAUUGCGGCACCGGCGCUGGCAGCUCCGUCCAUUUCACUUGCCCCAACAAUCACACGAAACAUUCAUACGCACACCACGAACACGGUAUCCCAACCGGUACCGGUUCCGGUACCGACUCCGUAUGCCGUUCCUGUAACGCGAAACGUUCCCGUUCCAGUGCAAGUGCCCGUGCCUGUGCCUGUGGAUAGACCUUAUCCGCAGCCAGUUCCCGUGCCGGUCCACAUACCGCGACCAUAUCCGGUACACGUUCCCGUAGAUCGGCCAGUGGCCGUUCCUGUACCGCAACCGUUCCCGGUCACUGUCACCAGAACCGUCCCGGUGACCGUUCCGCAACCGGUCCCGGUUCCCCAACCAGUUCCCGUUCCACAACCUAUCCCAGUGCCACAGCCCGUUCCAGUACCACAACCUAUUCCGUACCCGGUUCCAGCGCCGGCACCAGCAAUCGCCUAUGCUCCAUCGUAUGCGCCAGCCAUUGCUGCUGCACCAGCCAUCGCACCGGCCAUCGCACCAGCCAUCGGACCGAGCAUCGGUCCCAUCAUAAGUGGCGGAGGAGGUCUCAUCGGUGACGGCAUCAUUAGCGGAGGCGUCCUCGGAGGGCAAAUCAUCGGCAGCGGGGCUCCACUGUUGUCCUCCGGCAUCGGCGGUCUGCACGGCAUCGGCCUGUCAGGCUUUGGACUAAAGAAAUACAUCAGAUAA